AUGUUUGCUGACAGUUUUAAUAAUAAUUUUAAAGAUUGUGAUUGGGAAAUUAUUUCUUAUGAACAUAAUUCUAAAAUUAAGCCAUUACUAGUUAAAAUUGAAAAUUCAAAAGAAAAUGAUGAAAAAAUAUGUUUUAUUGAUGAAAAUAAGAACUUUAUAGUAAUGUCAAAUAAUCUUGAAAUUCUUGAAAUUACUCUUUUACUUUUUCCUAAUAUUUCUUCUGAAAGUAUAACUUUUAUUAAGGAUAUAAAUAUUUUUGACAAUGUAAAUAAAAUAAUUGCUAUUGUCAACAAAACUUUAAAAGUUUUAUUAUUAGAUAUUUCUAAUAGAACAUGGGAAUUUAUAACUUUUCCCUCAACAAUAUAUUCAUGUCUUUUAGUACAAGAUAAAGUAUACAAUAGAUUUGUUUUAUUAGCAGGUGGUAAUAAUAUUAUAUAUUUAUAUGAUAUUCCAUCUAAAAGAAUUUUAUCAAAAUAUAUAGCAUCAAAUUCAGAAUUAUGGGAUUUAAGGCGCAACAAUGAACCGUUAAGAAUUUUUAAAAGUUUAACACCACCUAUGAUUUCAUCAAAAAAUUCAUUAGAUGUUGAUAAGUUUAGUUCAACGAGUAUUUUUUUAAUUCAAGGAAGUAAAGAUGGUUCAUUUAAAUUAUCAAAUAUUCAUAAUGGUACAGAUAUUAAAAAAGGAAAAUAUAAAAAAAUGUUAAAUAAUAUGAAAAGUAUAAAAUUUCUUUUUAAAGAACAACAAUUUGCUGUGGCAUUAUUUGAAAAUUCAAAUGAAUUAUAUGUUAUAAAUCUUGUUACUUUUGAAGAAAGAAUGAUCACAACAAUACCAUGUCAAAAUAAAUCAAAUUUACAUUUUUUAUGUGUUCUACCAGAAAGUAAAAAACUUUUAUUUUUAGAAAACAAUCGAUUUAUAAUGAUAAAAUUUAAAAUUAAUAAAUGA